UGGAAGUGGAUGAGAAUACUACCCGAGGUUAGUAGGCUCGUGCUCUUAUUAGUACAAACCAGUAGCAGAAUUCCACGAGUUGUUCCCGAGAAGGUGCCACGUUGAUCUAACCUUUAUCAUCUCUUCUUGAAACCGGUUGUGCAGUUGUGCUCUUUCCUGACUCACUCCCUGACUCAUCCACUAUGAGGAAGCGGUGUUGCCUUUUUGUGCUGCUUCUAGCGCUCCUGUCCCCUGUGAAGACAGAAGGAGACACUGAGGUGAAAGGAGAACCAGCCACCCCAAGCAGCGAUGAGUGGACAGAAGUCGAGGAAAUCAUUUCGGACGAAAUCACCGAAGAAGAGGGGGUCCUCGUGCUGAACACGCACAACUUUGAGAGGGCGCUAACCGAGAACAAGUUCCUUCUGGUGGAAUUUUAUGCUCCGUGGUGUGGACACUGCAAGGCUUUGGCACCAGAAUAUGUCGAGGCUGCAGGCCAACUGAACAACGAAUCUUCAGAAAUCAAAUUGGCCAAGGUUGAUGUUCUAAAGCACAAGCAACUGGGGUCGGAAUUUCGCAUCAAAAGCUUUCCAACAUUGAAGUUUUUUAAGGAGAGCAAUCGAGAAGCUCCAAUUGAGUACACAGGGAAACGAAACGCCAAAGGUAUUGUCAGCUGGCUGAAAAGAAGCAUAGGCCCCAGCACUACAUUCCUCGACAGUGUGGAUGAAGCUGAAACUUUUAUUCACUCAGCGGACGUGGUCAUUGUUGGCUUUUUCAAGGACCUUGAAGACGGCUCCGUGGAAGUCUAUUCAGAGGUGGCAAAUGAUAUUGUCGAAAUACUAUUCGCUCUGACCAACAAUGCCAAGGUUUGGGAGAUGUAUGGCGUUACCAGGAACACAAUAACAAUGUUCAAAAAGUUUGAUGAGCCCCAGACAGAUCUAGUGAUUGACGAUGAAGCUGGACUGGAUAAGGCAGAGCUCAACAAAUUUAUCAAAACAAACCAAAUGGAAUUAGUAACUGAAUUUACAGAAGAGAACAACUUGAAGAUAUUCAAUGCUAAAGCUGACAAUCACAUCCUGCUGUUCAUCAAUAAGACAACGGAGGAGCACAAUCAGUUACUGGAGAACUUCAGAAGGGCAGCAGCAGUUUUCAGAGGCAAGGUCCUUUUUGUUUCUAUCGAUGUAACUGGCGACUUUGAGCACGUGUUAGGGUAUUUCGCUGUUAAGAAGCAAGAUGUGCCAACGAUCCGUUUAAUUAACACCGAGAAGCUUAAGAAGUACAAGUUUCCCUACAAUGACCUUACCACAGAGAACAUAAAGAACUUCUGUCAAGAUGUCAUUGACGGAAACAUUGAGGUUUACCUGAAGAGUGAGGAUAUCCCUGAGGAUUGGGACAAAGACCCUGUUAAAGUUUUGGUUGGGAAGAACUUUGACCAAGUUGCUUUCGAUGAGACUAAGAAUGUUUUAGUGGAGUUCUAUGCACCCUGGUGCGGUCACUGUCAAGAACUGGCUCCGAUCUGGGAGCAACUUGGAGAGAAGUACAAAGACCAUGAGAAUAUUGUCAUCGCUAAAAUAGAUUCCACACUCAACGAAGUUGCAUCCGUUCCGAUCAAAGGAUUCCCAACUAUCAAAUAUUUCCCCGCUGACUCUGAGAGAAAGAUUGUAAACUAUGAAGUUUCAAGGGACCUGGAAACCUUUACAACGUUUUUGGACAAUGGGGGUGUAAUGCCUCAUGUUGAUGAUGUUGAAGUUGAUGAUGAAGCUGACGAAGAUGAUGAAGCUGACGAAGAUGAUGAAGCUGAUGAAGAUCUGGAAGCUGGCGAUAGUCUUGAUGGCCGGAGCAACAAAACAAUUGAGGGGCGUCCUGCAGAGGAGGUUGCCGGUGGUGAAGCGAGGAAAGAUGAAUUAUAGUUUAUUAUAAUAGACACAUUUAUGCAAUUUUAUACAAAACUAUAUUCAAAGCCAGUAUUGCAACUCUGGUAAUCAAAGGGGUUUAACCCCUUUUUGUGCUUGUACAGUUGUAUAAGUGGCUGAUCAUUUGCCAGCAGGAACAAACGCUCUUGGUGGGAAAGGGUUAAAGUAGGAAAUAUAUUCUACUGCAAUAAAACAAGUAUUGAAUUUGCCUUCGCCGUCCUGCUUUGACGAGUUUUUGUAACGUUUCCACGAAGUAAAAUGUUCAAUUGCUUUCUGAAUAAUAAAUGCCUUUUUUCUCUGA